CACAGAAGAGUUACAUUGGUUGCAUGUGUGUAUAUCACACGCUGUUUAACGCUUUGGACUGUGAAAUAUGUUGUUAAAUGCGGCUUAGCUAAAUAUGAAAUGUUAUCAGCAGAUUGAUACAUCCACUAAAAUCAAGCUCAUUUGGCAGGAUCUUUCCACGUUCGUCUUGAAUGACCGUCACGAUGUUGAUGUUUUGCCCCACGUGCGCCAAUGUGCUGGUGGUUGAGGAAGGACAGAACUGUUACAGAUUCGCCUGCAACACGUGCCCUUAUGUACAGAAUAUCUCACAGAAGAUGUCCAGUCGGAAGUACCCCAAACUGAAAGAAGUAGACGAUGUGUUGGGUGGGGCAGCAGCCUGGGAGAAUGUCGACUCUACAGAAGAAACUUGCCCAAAAUGUGAGCAUAACAGAGCAUACUUUAUGCAGAUCCAGACACGGUCUGCGGAUGAGCCAAUGACAACAUUUUACAAGUGUUGUAAUCCGGAAUGUGCCCAUAGAUGGAGGGAAUGAUUGGAUAAUGUGUUCACAGAUAGAGGGAAGGAUUGGACAAUGUCUCCAUAGAUGGAGGGAAUGACUGGACAUUAUGCCCAUAGAUAGAUAGAAUGAUUGGAUGGAGAGAAUAAUUUGAGAAUGUGCCCUUGAAUGGAUGAAAUGAUUGGUGAAUAUAUACCCAUGCAUAAAGAGACUGAUUUGACUAUAUCACCAUGUAUGGAUGAAAUGAUUGGUGAAUAUAUACCCAUGCAUAAGGAGACUGAUUUGAC